AUGUUUCGUGGAAUCAGCCAAGUAUUUGCAAGUGCUUUGUUUGGCAUACAUCAAUCAAGAAUAUCACGCAUACUUCAUGAAACAAUUGAUAAAAUGUCCGAAGUAUUUGUACCAAAAUAUAUUGGGUCACACGUUUUUACAAAUAAUAUUAUUCACAAUCAUUCUCCAGAAUGGCUGAAAUUAUUAUUACCAAAUGCUGUUGCUACGGUAGAUUCUACGUAUAUUUAUCUACAAAAGUCGUGCAAUUUCGAUAAUCAAAAGAAAAGCUAUUGUCAACAUAAAGCAAACAAUUUAGUAAAAAUGAUGGCUAUGAUGUUAUUAGAUGGAAAAUGGUUUGAUACUUAUGGUCCAUAUUACUCAGAUGGACACAAUAACGAUGAAUUAAUAUGGAAUACACUGAGUGACGAUAGUUUAGAAGAAUAUGAAAGCAAAGAUUUGCCUGUCCAAAGGCAACAGGUUCAUGCAACAUUCUCAAGAAAUGAUAUGUUUAUUGGCGACAGAGGUUUUGCUAGAUGUAAAGGAAAAUGGAAUUUAUAUACACCUGAUUCUAUAUGUAAAGGCGAAACACAGCUGACAACCGGCCUGCUACAGGACCAGAAGUCCAAUAACUGGGAUGAUUUUCUUCCAGCGGUGAUUUUUGCUUAUAACACGGGUCAACAUUUCUCAACAAAGUUUAGCCCCUUCCAGUUGCAAUAUGGACAGGUCCCUAAAUUACCACCAGAUCAAA